AUGUCGACGACAACAACCUCUAAUAAUUCGCCAAAUCCCGGGUCCACCGAGAUUGACACCUCGAACGGUCGCCGGCGCCGGCGCUGGGCGCCUAAAGUCCGGACGGGAUGUUUAACGUGCAAGAUUCGACGAGUUAAAUGCGAUGAGGCUAAGCCCAGCUGCGAAAAAUGCACUUCAACUGGACGCGAAUGCGAUGGAUACGAGGAUAAUGCCGUAGAAGCUCAGAAAGUUGUCCGAAGCCGGCCAUCUAAUGCAGCCACCAAACAGCCCAAUACCUCUAGGGCUAGGGCUCUGGUACCAGUGCCGGGAGGCGCAACAGCAGCACUACCAUAUGUUGUGUCAUGGUUGCCAUUCUACGGUGGCGAGCUACAAAAGCGGCAUUUCGAUUUUUUCCAAUCAGUGACAUCUUCAGCCCUGUCAUCAUUUUAUGGAAGCGAUUUCUGGGCUCAAGAGACGCUACAAGUUGCGCAUCAAUAUCCGGCUUUGUUUCAUGCCAUUACGGCUUUUGGGAGUAUACAUCAUAGUUAUUUGAGCGAUGAGACGCCAUCGGAUGUUCCCCGUGCUGGGACGAAUAAUCAUAUAGAAUUUGGGCUCUCAGAAUUCAAUAAAGCUAUCAAAUCCAUGUCUGCACUCAUGACGCAAAAAGAGCUUUCUAUCCAUGACCAGCAGGCGAUUUUGACGACCUGUGUGCUUUUCAUUUGUCUUAGCUCUCUUCAGGGGCGACAGUCGCAGGCAUUUAUGCACGUCAAACACGGGUUGAGGAUGAUUCAUCAUUGGCAUCUGAACAAUCGAGCGAUUACCCCAGAAGAAAAAAACGCAAUAGAUACGCUACUGCUUACAUUUGUCCGGUUAGAUACGCAAAUACGACCAUACAUUGUUGGCCAAGAAUCGCUUUUGCAGUGGACGGACGAAGAUAUAGUCGCCACUCUAUCUCCUCAGCGGACAUUUCAGACUAUUUUUGAAGCGUAUUUUGAUCUUGAAGUACUCCUCAACAAGCUUUUUCGUCUGAAUUUCAAUGGGUACUCAUUCACACAGCUUGCUCUGGAGAUAGAGUUGCUGAGAAACCAGGGGGAGAUUUGGGACAGCCAGUUUGCCCAUUUGUUAUCUACUAUUACGCCCACUGCUUCGGAGUUGGAUGCAUUAGAUUUCAUCCGACUGCAGCGAGAGUACGCACGGGGUAUUCUGGCUUGUUUAGUGAUCAAUGCCGAGGACAAUGUGCACGACGAUUUGAUUCCGAUAUACCAGGCAAUAAUGGAUCUUGCCCACAAGGUUCUUCAAAGGGACCGCUACACGCCACGUCACGGCGUACCAGACAGUCAAAAACUUGAACAUCCAAUCUUUGUCCUCGGCAGCACCACCAUCGAGCCGCUUUUCUUCACCGCGACACGCUGCCGUGAGCCUGUCCUUCGCCGGCGCGCACUGCAUCUACUGCGCCUGUGCCCUCGGCGCGAGGGGAUUUGCGAGGGCAUGAUGGCCGCCAAGAUCGUCCAAAAGGUUAUCGAAGUCGAAGAACAAGAAUGCUCCCGAUACAUUGACUGGAACAACCACCACCCAUCCGCAGCCACCACUCCUACAUCAUCCCUCCAAUUGCUACCAGUAAGAACAUCACCCCACGGCCAAAACAGCAUUUUCCGCGCAACAUCCGAAUCCAUAAACGUAAUCCUCAACCAUCUCGACAUCCCCACCAGCCCCCUCAACUACCCAACAACGCCCCAAACCGGAGUCGCAAAUAUAGCAUCAUCGAAAUCCAGUACAAAGCCACUGGUAUGGAAAAGUCAGUGCUCUGAAAAGGGGAAAUGGGUCUGCGAGAAACAUCGGGUUGUUGAGACGCAGUUCUUGCUGUUUACUGAGAGACAGGCAAAGAUUGUGAUUUGGACGGGGGAGGAUUUUGAGUUGAAUAGGAAGGGGAGGGAGAUGGUUUUGACCUGGUGGUAG